UGCCGAGUAUUAUUCUGUGUCGUCACAUCCUCCGCCAGGCUAGGAGGCAGCAAAGACCGGCAGCCUCGGACCUGAUGAUGUGCCAGUCACCGAAGGGCCACCACGGUCCGGACCUUUACCCGAGGAGAUGGUGAAAUGCCGGAAGCCUGCAAACAACCUUGCUCCCUUCAGAUGUAACCUGCGCAAAGUGAAGCUUCAUGUUCGCAGAACACGAGCAGCCAGUGCCAAUAACAGUGCCAGGGAAGAGCAAACAGACCCAGCAGAACCAGCAAAACCUGACAGUUCUACAAGCAGACGGGCACGCUUCAGGUUGCAGUUCCCUCAGCUGGCUCUCAGACGGAGGUUAGGGCAGCUGACCUGUAUGUCUAGGUCUGCCCUGAAGCUGCGUUCUUGGCCUCUCACGAUCCUUUAUUACCUCUUACCAUUUGCUGCACUUCGGCCCUUGGUCAGAGUAGGAUGGCGACCUACUAGCAGGGUUGCCAUCUACAAGUCUGUGCCAACAAGACUACUUUCUAGGGCAUGGGGACGCCUGAAUCAGGUGGAACUACCAACAUGGCUGCGGAAGCCUGUAUACAGUCUAUAUAUCUGGACUUUUGGUGUGAACAUGAAGGAGGCUGCAGUGGAAGAUCUGCACCAGUACCGAAACCUCAGUGAAUUCUUCCGAAGGAAGCUGAAACCCCAGGCAAGGCCUGUAUGCGACUCCCAUAGUGUGAUUAGUCCAUCUGAUGGAAAGAUCCUGCACUUUGGCCGAGUAAAAAACUGUGAGGUGGAGCAGGUGAAAGGGGUAACCUACUCCCUGGAAUCCUUUUUGGGACCACAGACAUGGACGGAUAAUCUCCCUGUCGCAAAGACUUCAUUCCAGGAUCAGCUUGUGACUCAGGAAGGCAAUGAGCUCUAUCAUUGUGUCAUUUACCUGGCCCCUGGCGACUAUCACUGCUUUCACUCACCAACCGAUUGGAAUGUGUAUCACAGACGCCAUUUCCCAGGAUCACUCAUGUCCGUGAAUCCAGGAGUUGCUCGUUGGAUAAAGGAAUUGUUCUGUUAUAAUGAACGUGUUGUGCUCACAGGGAGCUGGAAACAUGGGUUCUUCUCACUCACAGCAGUCGGAGCCACUAAUGUUGGCUCUAUACGCAUAUAUUUUGACAGGGAUCUACAGACGAAUAGCCCUCGCUACAGCAAAGGUUCACAUAAUGACAUGAGCUAUAUAACGAACAAUAAUCAGGAUGGAAUUGUGAUGCGGAAAGGAGAUCAGCUAGGAGAAUUCAAUCUUGGGUCCACGAUAGUAUUAAUAUUUGAGGCACCAAAGAAUUUUACCUUUAACUUGAAAGCUGGACAAAAAAUUCACUUUGGAGAGGCUAUGGGCUCGCUCUAAUAAGACCAGUGAAACGGAUAAUGUGAAACAGAAAACCCUAGAAGCUGUUCAUACGUGCUUGGUGGUUGGGAGACUCAGAGUUGUAUCUCUAUGCAAGUCAAGACAUGUGCACGGGCAGCACCAAUGGAAGUCAUUGCAGAUCCAGAUCAUCCGCUAUGCCUACUGCCCCUUCACACCAGCUCCCCUCUUAGUCUCACUCUGCACUUCUUUCCUCUCCUUCCCAAUUAGGUGUGGCUGGAUGCCUUGGCACUGGAGGAAAGAUUUCCAGACUCUGAGGGAUAUGUAUCUACGUAUGUUUUAAUACCUUCUGGGCGAAACUUAUAUUUUAUUGCCAGCAAUUUUAUAAUGGGAUGUUGACUGGAGGAACACUGCCAACCUCAGGGAAGUACUACCCCAUACGGCAGCUUUAGCACACUGGUCAGAUGUAGUAACAAUCGGCAACAUGAAAAAGAACACCACUGUUCUGGUUGGGUGUCUGCAAAAGGGGAGGCGGAGCGUAAGCAGGAAGUGAAUCUCUGAUCAGUGGAGCUGUAGCUCAGUAAUUUUCUACUUCUAAAAUGAGAUGAUCUUGCUAACAUAUUAAAUUCAUUUAUUAGCAUACAUUUUGAAAUAAAACAAAUGCAAACACCA